AUGUUAGUUUACAACUAUCAAGACCAAACAGUCAGGCACGUCAUCAUACACACGAUGUUCAGCAUGAAGAGCAGCAGCAUCAACAAGCAGAUCAAGAGCAUUAGGGAGGCCAGACGUCUCUUUGCGACGUUGGAGUCGACGCCAAACAGAGUGCAUGGCGGUUUAAAGGACAAGGAUAGAAUCUUUCAGAAUCUAUACUUACAGAACUCGAAGAAACAGGGUGCAGAGCCAUGGGACGUGAAGGCGUCCGAGAAGAUCGGUGACUGGUACAAGACCAAGGAGAUUCUCUUGAAAGGUGACAAGUGGAUCAUUGAUGAGAUCAAGAAGUCUGGACUUAGAGGUAGAGGUGGUGCCGGUUUCCCUACUGGUCUCAAAUGGUCCUUUAUGAAUCCCCCAAACUGGGAGAAGAACGUUGGUCCAAGGUACUUGGUUGUGAAUGCCGACGAGGGUGAGCCGGGUACCUGUAAGGAUAGAGAAAUCAUUAGAAAGGAGCCACAAAAGUUGAUUGAAGGGUGUUUAGUUGCAGGUAGAGCCAUGAAUGCAACUGCAGCAUACAUCUAUAUCAGAGGUGAGUUUUACAACGAAGCGGUUAUUCUACAACAUGCCAUUGACGAUGCCUACAAACAAGGCAAGAUUGGUAAAAAUGCAUGUGGUUCAGGUUACGACUUUGAUGUUUACAUCCACAGAGGUAUGGGUGCAUAUAUCUGUGGUGAAGAAACUGCGCUUAUUGAGUCCAUCGAGGGUAAGCAAGGUAAGCCAAGAAUGAAGCCUCCUUUCCCUGCCGGCGUUGGUUUGUUUGGUAGACCUUCCACUGUUGCCAAUGUCGAAUCGGUUUCUGUUGCUCCAACCAUUGUCAGAAGAGGUGCCGAUUGGUUUGCAAGCUUCGGUAGAGAAAGAAAUUCAGGUACAAAGUUGUUUUGUGUUUCCGGUAGUGUUAAUGAGCCUUGUACAUUUGAAGAAGAAAUGUCAUUACCUCUAAGAGACGUUAUUGAAAAACAUUGUGGUGGUGUUGUUGGUGGUUGGGACAACUUAUUGGCCGUUAUUCCAGGUGGUUCCUCAACUCCUAUUUUGGAUGCUGAGACUUGUCAAGAUCAACUGAUGGAUUACGAUGCACUUAGAGAUGCAGGUUCUGGUUUGGGUACUGCAGCAGUUAUUGUUAUGAACAAACAGUAUGACGUCAUUAGAGGUAUACAAAGAUUAUCUGCAUUCUACAAACAUGAGUCCUGUGGUCAAUGUACUCCAUGUAGAGAAGGUUCCACUUACAUCUCCAAGAUGAUGGACAGAUUUGUUGUUGGUCAAGCCAAUGAAAAGGAAAUCCAACAGGCUUUAGAACUUACUCACCAAGUUUGUGGCCAUUCCAUCUGUGCCAUGGGAGAAGCGUUCAGUUGGCCAUACCAAGGGUUAGUCAAGUCCUUCAAGCCAUUGAUGCUUGAAAGAAUCAAGCAAUACAAGGCACAACACGGCUUAACCGAUGGUGGUUUGAACCAUGGUGGUUGGUACGAAGGUGCUGAAAUCAAGAACGGUGAAGUGAUCAACAACCCAAUGCCAAGAGAAGCCUUCCAUGGCCACCAUUAG